ACAUUCACGCGAGCUCCAAAGUCGAAACCUUUAGAGCUAUGGCGGUCGUAGUGUUAUCUUCUCCCAUAGUCUCUCCACUUGGAAUCAACAUUGACAUGAGUAAGAAUCUGGGUUCUUUCCACAAAGUUCAACUCUUCAGUGUUUCUACUCCACUGCGUUCUCGGAAACCCGUCGUCACCGUCGCCUCGAGCCGUAAAAGUGUGAAAAAUAUAGGAGCUGGUUUGGCAAGCGAGGAUAAGAAGCUGUUGCUGGAACGAUAUGGUUAUGAUGCUAAUGAGUUUGCCUCUCAAUCUAAGAAGUCUAGAAGAAAAGAAGAGGAAAGGAGUGGAAGGAACAGUCAAAAGGAGGAAGAGGUUGUUGCUGUACAGCCGAGAACAACUCAUAGGUUACUUCAGGUUCUUGCAGGAACGGCCAAACGAAAGAAGUUGCUUUCUCUCAAGGGGAUGGAUGUUAGACCUAUGAUGGAAGUUGUCAAAGGUGCAGCUUUUGGCAUUCUCCAGGCUGCUGGUGGUUGUCCAACGUCUCUACGUCCUGGGAGGUGGUUGGAUUUGUACAGCGGUACAGGAUCCGUUGGCAUCGAAGCAAUCAGCAGAGGAUGUUCUGAGGCACACUUUGUUGAGAUGGAUCCUUGGGUUGUUUCAAAUGUUCUGCAGCCGAACUUGGAACACACUGGGUUUGUUGAAGCUUCGGUUAUACACACUGCUCGUGUCGAAAACUUCUUGGAACGUGCAGAUAAAUUAGUAGGUAAGGAUGGAGCAUUUGAUUAUAUCAGCGUUACACCACCGUACAUGGAGGUUGAUUAUGAGGUUCUGAUGGAUCAGGUUUCUAAGUCGCCAGCAAUUGGCGAGAAUACGUUUAUUGUGGUUGAGUACCCUUCACGAACCACAAUGCUUGAUUCAUGCGGAUGCCUUGAAAAGAUGACUGAUCGAAGGUUUGGCCGGACACAUCUGGCUAUAUAUGGACCAAAAUGGGCUCAAAAGCCAAGAAAAUCUUGAAUCCACAGUGAAUCUCAGCAGUCACUUGUGGCCAUUUUCUCGUUUAAAGGCAUUGAACAAAGGCUGGGAUUGAAGAGCUAUAGUUUGUUCCAACCUUUGAAUACUAGAGUAUCUUGUUUUAGCUGUAAAUAAAUAAAUAAAUAUACAAGAUCAUUUUUUUUUCAUUUUUGUUUCUUCCUGUCACAUUUUUCUUACGGUCUCAGACUUUCAGGUUAUAUUCUUUUGCAAAGGUU